AUGGUCUUAGUUGCUUAUGAUAUUCUUGUUCUUGUUGAUCCUACUCGAUGUUUCUUUUUAAAUUGUAAUGAUGCUUCAGUUGAUAUAUCUAAUUCAACACAGAAUAUAAUCAUAACUGGUUGGCCACUUUAUAUAACAUGGCCAAGUUAUUUUCAAACAAAUAUGAAUGCAAAACGUAUAUUUCAAAGUAUUCAAAUACUUUGUGCCGGCUUAUUUAUCUUAUUUGCAUCUUUAUAUAUAUUAACAUUUAUUAUUUAUAGACAUAUCAGAUUAUAUCAACAAACUGUUUCUACUGCUGAUCGCCGUAUAUUUUCAGCAAAUGAAAUAAAUAGAGUAUCACCUACAAAAUAUUCCAAUAAUGAAUCUCAUUCAUAUCCACAAUAUAAUCAUCAUCGUAAAACUACAACAUAUAUGAUUGAAAGCCAACCAUACACAUCAGCACAAUAUCAUUAUUCAUCACCAGUAGUACCACCUGUUACAACGAUAAUAACACCGAGAAUAACAAAUACAAAAACAUUUACGGGUCCAAGAGCUAGUUCAGCUAAUUAUGAUCGAUUAUGUACACGUUGUAAUAAAGAACCUCGAAUGAUAUUAGUAACAUAUUAUGAACGAAAAAAUCUCUUUCCAUAUUUAUGCAUUAGUUGUAAUAAUGAACUUUUGAAUCAUCGUCAAAAACCACUAUCCGAUCAGUCAAAACAUAAUCCCAUAUGGAAAUCUUAA